AUGGAUAAUGGGACUCAGUUCACCGACUCCACCUUCAGAAACCUGGUAGCCAGCCUGAAGAUCAAGCACCAGUUUACCUCGGUAGAACACCCACAAGCAAAUGGGCAAGCCGAGGCAGCUAACAAGGUCAUACUGGCUGGACUGAAGAAAAUAUUACAAGAAGCUAAGGGAGCAUGGGCUGAAGAAUUCCCUCAAGUACUAUGGGCUUAUCGAACUACACCUCAGUCUGCCACAGGAGAAACACCCUUCCGACUUGCUUAUGGCAUAGAAGUCAUGAUACUAGUUAAAAUCAACGAGCAAAGUCCAAGGGUGAGCUUCUACGACGAAGUUGGCAACGUACAAGGAUACAAACAAGAACUUGAGCUACUCCCUGAAAUUCGAGAACAGGCCCAGAUAAAAGAAGCAGUGCUGAAGCAAAGAAUGACGAACAGAUACAACAAGAAAGUCAUUCGAAGAAGCUUCGCUCCAAAUGAUUUGAUCCUAAUCAGAAACGACAUUGGAGUUAACAAAUCUGGAGAUGGAAAGCUUGCUGCCAACUGA